GGAAAAAAAACACAAAGACAAAAGGAUCAGUCAAAAGCUGAGGCUGUUAGAUCAGAAGCAACCCUCGGACCAUCCAGAGAGAAGCACGUUUGUUACAUCAGCUGUGGUGGUGAAAUACCCGUCAUGUUAUUGGCACUGAGCAUUUUGCUGCUAAUAUUCCCUGAGUCUCUGUCUGUUCCAGUCAGAGAUCACUGCACUACAGGCAAAAACAAACUUCUACUGAUCAGCUUUGAUGGGUUCAGGUGGGACUACGACCGAGAUGUGGACACCCCAAACCUGGACAAAAUGGCUGAGGAAGGAGUCAAGGCAGCAUAUGUCACUCCACCUUUCCUGACCAUCACCAGUCCUACACACUUCACCCUGUUAUCUGGAAGGUACAUUGAGAACCAUGGGGUGAUUCACAACAACUGGUUCAACACAACCACACAAGAGAAGAAACAAUACUACAUGACACAGUUUGUGGAUGAAUACUGGGAUAAUGGCAGUCUACCCAUUUGGAUCACUGCUCAAAGACAGGGUAAGAAAACUGGAUCCUUACAUUUCCCUGGCACUGCUGCCACUUACCAGAAAGAAAAUAUCCAAGUGAAGGAGGUGGAACCGAGGUAUUAUAACCACACCAAUGAGACGGCAUGGAGGGAGAAAGUGGACAAGGUCUUGAAGGAAUGGUUUAAAGAUCAAGACUUAGAUUUUGUCACUUUGUAUUUCGGCGACCCUGAUGAAACUGGCCACAAGUACGGGCCUGAUUCACCUGAGCGCCGCAGGGCAGUAGAGAAAGUUGACCGAACUGUGGGCUACAUAAGGGAAACUGCUGAGAAACACGGACUCAGUGACCAUCUGAAUAUAAUCAUCACAGCUGACCAUGGAAUGAGCACUGUCUUUAAAGGAGAUCAAGUAAAAGAGAUAAUACUCACCGACAUCCCAGGAUUCUCCUUGAAAGAUCUGAAAUUCCACAUGGUGGACUAUGGACCUUUUGGGCUGCUGCUGCCCAAAGAAGGGAUGCUUGAAAAGGUUUAUCAAGCCUUGAAAGGAGGUCAUCCAAACCUUCACGUUUACAAGAAAGAGGACAUGCCUGCUCGACUACAUUACUCCAAACAUCCACGCAUCCUACCCAUCGUUCUCUACGCAGACCCAGGAUAUGUCAUCAAUGGGUUCUACACAUUCCAGACCAAUAAAGGGGAACAUGGCUAUGACAAUGAGUUCAUGGACAUGAAGCCUUUCUUCAGGGCAGUAGGACCCGAUUUUCACAGAAACUUGUUGGUUGGACCAUUUGAGACUGUUAGCGUUUACCCGCUAAUGUGCCACUUACUGGGGAUAAAGCCAGAAAUCAAUGACGGGUCACUGGGUGACACCAAACACAUGCUGAUAUCCAACGGAGAGUCAUGCGAUUCUGGAGGCGAAUCUGGAGAGGCCCCCAAGUCAAUUCUUCAUAACGUGUUCGUUGGUCUUGCUGCUGUGGCUGGAUUUUUAUUUCUUGUGUGUGUCGUUGUUACAUCCUUCAACAUGUAUAAAAGAUGGAAAGCGAAUACAAGAGGAAAAGUCAUGGAUGAUGAGGACCAGAUAAAAGCGGACUCCAAGCAAACAUCGUUCUAAGACGGACAUUUACUUAUUCUUGAAUUGCUUGUCAUUUAAUGCUUUUUUUUUUUUUAAUUUAUUUAUUUAAUUUAAUGAGACCACAAUGAGACGUGAAACAUUGAGGGCUUUUCACCCCACUUAAAUCCUGGAUGUAAAAUAGAUAAAUAAAUUAA